CAGUUUGUCACUGCCUGUGCUUAAGUGGGGAACUGGGAGCAGAUAUGUCCUUAAACACUGGUUUGUCUUGGUAGUUGCUGAUAGUUCCUCAAAGUCACACCCUGGUGAGACACACUUCCAGGGGGCUGGAACAUCACAGGGAGGACCUGGGUAGAGAAGGAAGGAAUGAUGGGUGUCAGUGGAAGAUGAAGAGAUAGAAAGGUUGGCUGAUGAGUCACUGGGGAGACAAAACGCUUCAAGAGAUUCAGUUUUGUAGUAUUAAAGACCUCCGUGUGAAUGUCGAUUUGCUGCUACUCUCUGAACACUUAUUCUGACUCCUCAUGAUCUAACUCGUUCUAUCAGGACACUACAGGAACGACCUUCGGCUUUAAAAAAAUCUUUUCUUUAAAGAAACAUUUUUAGUUCCUUCCAAUUAUCUUCCAAUUAAUAUGAAAUCCCUCAUUCUCUCGGGGAUGAUGAACAACCAAGGCAGACACUGACCAUGGUUCAGAAGAAUCCUAACAGGACCUGCCCUCCUGGGGGCUGCAGUGGGAGGAGCGUUCAUGUCUCAGAAUGGUAACCAGCCCCUCCGAUUUUUUCCAGUCCAUAUUCAUUCAUGAUAAUGCAGGAGCACAGCUGGUCCAGGAGAUGUCAUUUGUCUGAUCUCUGUAGAUGGAAAACCUACCAGACAGUUGUGGAGUUCUCAGUCAGGAGAGAGUUACACUCUCAUGGAUCACCUCAACUGACAACUGUAGCGAGGAGGAAGCGAGUGACUGAACUCAGACCAGGCACUGAAGGACUUGAUCUCAAAUCCAACCCAUGCUUUCCAUGUGAUUGGAGGGAGCUGCAGGAUUUGCCAUAACUCUCAGAGCUGAAAUGGUUCCUCUUGGGGACAAUAUAAGUUCUGCUUUCCAGGCCUGGAACUGUUCCAACUGCAGCCGGGCUGCAAACCCUGAGCUGGAUGUGACCAAGGCAGUGGUGCUGGGCCUGGUUCUUGGUGUUUUUGUGGUGUUUGGAGUUCUGGGCAAUGUGCUGGUCAUCCUGUCUGUGACGUGCCACCGCCACCUACACACCGUCACUCACUGCUUCAUCGCCAACCUGGCAGUGGCCGACUUGCUGCUUAGUACCACGGUGCUGCCCUUGUCGGCCGCCUUCGAGAUUUGUGGGCACUGGCCAUUCGGCCGGCCCCUUUGCAGUGCUUGGGCAGCACUGGAUGUGCUCUGCUGCACUGCCUCCAUCCUCAGCCUGUGUGCCAUCUCGGUGGACCGCUGCCUGGGCAUUAGCUACCCUCUCCGCUACCCAGCCCUGAUGACACCGCGACGUGGGCUACUGGCGCUGGCCAUGCUUUGGCUGCUGGCGGCUGCCAUCUCUGUCGGGCCUCUGCUGGGCUGGAGGGAGCCGAUGCCCACCGACGAGUCAGUGUGUCCCGUGAACCAGGAACCCGCCUAUGUCAUCUUCUCAGCUGUGGGCUCCUUCUAUCUGCCCUUGGCUGUCAUCCUGGUCAUGUACUGCCGUGUUUACAUCGUGGCUCGUGGUGAGAUACGCGACCUCAGAGAGGGCCGCAAGACCAACCUGUCGAACCCGGGACAGGUGACCUUGCGCAUACAUCGUGGACCCUCGUCCACGGUCGCUGUGGAAGUGGGGCGAGGGCAGGUUGAACACCUGCGAGGCCGGACACCACUCACUCUGCGCCUGCUGAAGUUCUCCCAGGAGAAGAAGGCUGCCAAGACCUUGGGCAUUGUGGUGGGCUGCUUUGUGCUCUGCUGGUUGCCCUUCUUUCUGGUAUUACCUAUUGGCUCCAUAUUUCCAUCAUACCGGCCCUCUGACACCGUCUUCAAAGUCACCUUCUGGCUGGGUUAUUUCAACAGCUGCAUAAACCCUGUCAUCUACCCCUGUUCCAGCAAGGAGUUUCAGAGAGCCUUCCGGAAUGUUCUGCACUUGCGCUGCCACGGCUCGCCGGCCCGCUUGACCCGGCAGCCCUGCCCAGGGCCAGACCGCAGGGCCCCAGCCAGGCUUUCGCUUUGUGCCCAGACCUCACCUCUGUUCCAGGCUUCACCUAUAAAAUCUCGGCUCCGCAGCAAAAGUCUGCUCAGAGUAUUCUGCGGCACUGCAGGGCCGACAGCCCCUGAGGAGGGGACCCUGCCCCCAUUCCAUUCUGGCCCCCCCAAGGCCAAGAUUCACCAUCUCUCUCUGGGAGAGGCUGGCGAGGCUGUUUGACUUUCUGACUCCGCUAAUCCCAAUUUGUGGAACUGUAUGUAGCAUAUGCAGACCUUUGUGGAACUGUGUGUAGCAUAUGCAGACCUCUCCUAGAGACCAUGAUCUUCCUAAACCUGAAAAGGUCGCUUUACUCUGUCUCAGGCUGUAGCUGCAGAGAAGCCCACACUUAGUGCAGUUAGCAUGUGUUUAUGUGUUAUUUAUCAUGUACCUGUUCAUGUGGGUGUUGAUGGGCCCUCUGAUGGGAUGCAAUAUGAGGGCACUGAAGGAUAGUGUUGCCUCUGGAAGUCAUGGAGGGAGGUAUUAGCAUUGAUGUUAGCAGUACUAUUAACAGUGAUGUUAGCAGUACUAUUAACAGUGAUG